CUGUGAGAUUGUUGACUUAGAUGCGUGAGCGGAUGACAUCAUGUCCUCCACAGAGGUACACAGUAGUCAGAUGCACACACAGACCAAUAUUACAUCGAUGCUCUCCAAAGAAGUGAGUGUGGAAGAAGCCUCACCCAGCAAACAAAGGCGCCUCUCUACAGAAAAAUAUGGGCUUCCUGUGUGUAAAGAUUGUGACAAGAUGUUUAAGAACAGUUCCCAGCUGGGUCAGCAUAUGCUGGUACACAGUAACGUCCGUAAACACAAGUGUAGUUACUGUGACAAGACCUUCAAACAGCUGAGUCAUCUACAGCAGCAUGUCAGGAUGCACACUGGAGAGAAACCCUAUGCCUGUAAGUUGGAGGGGUGUGAUAAAGCUUUCGCACAAAUGGCCAACCUCCAGCACCACAUGCGCAUGCACAACAAAGAUGGAACAAAACCACAUGACCCAAGUGAGAAGCCGUAUAAAUGUGAUGAGUGCUUCCAGGAGUUUCACACCCAAAGGGGAGUGAACUGUCACAAACAAAAGGCUCACACUGUUUAUGUGUACGGAUCCACAAAGGUAAAGAAGGCCCCCAAAAACCAAACACAGGCAAACCAGUUAAAUGUUGUCACCUCCAGUACACCCCAGCAAGAGUACCCACAGGACUACACAACUCAACAGCCUAGAAAGGACCAGCAUAUCAUGAUGUCCAUGUUCAAGGGGAGUAACUCACCUCCCAGAAAUCAAGAGCCAAGACAAGAUUUGCCUCCCCUGUCACUGAUCAUGAAAAGUGAACCCCAACAAAAGGUCAUAUCCCACAUUGUUACAUCAGCCAACCUGCAACUGCCAAAUCUCCCGGCCAGUGAUGUGUAUUCAGCCUUCCAUCACUAGGGAGUUUCUUACCUGGAAAUCAAUGACCUAUUCCCCCUUUUCACCCCUCCCCUUUUCCUAAUUACCCACCAUAUUCUUCACAGUGACAGCACUAUAACUGCUCAUAAUGUUGUAUACUUUUAUAGAUCUGAUUUGUUAGGAGGUAUGUAUCACAUACUGGACAGUUUGUCUGCUUUUUAGACUUGCUUGCAUAUUUUGCCAUUUAUACUGAACAACUAUUCAAGUACUGGUGGAGUAUGACUUGUAUAUGAACCCUGCCCUCCACCCCUGAUUCACUGAUUAUCAAAUCAUUGACAUAUUAUACAUACAAGUAAUGGUUUGCUGUUUUGAAUUCAAUCUGCAAUCUUUGAGAAAUAAGAUUUUGGUCAAUCUUUUCUUAUGUUCUGCAUGUUUUAAAAAAAAAAAAUACAGAACAUGUAAAUUAUAUGCUGUUAUGAUUUUUUAUGUAAUUUUUUUUUUUUAGAAAAACUUUCUUAAACCUGAUUUCAUUAUGUUUGAGGUUUGCAAGUUUUAUGCAUUUAUUUUCUUUUACACUUCUGCUUGUAUAAUAUAAAUGAAUCAGUUUGCUGGAAUAUAUGUACAAUGUAAUAUGUGUCAAACCAAAUAAGAAAUGAAGAAGCCGAAAGCUUACUUGAUUAGAUUUUAUUGUUGUUGUUCUAACAAAACCAUGGUGUGCAUAGUUUUAGCAUUGAUGUUAUAUUCUCUUUUCCUUUUGAUUGCCACUAAUAUAUAUAUUUGAAUACUAGCAGGCUUUUUAUUAACUUAAAAAACAUGUAUUUUUAGACAACUGGUGCUUUGAGUGUGUUGUCAUAUUUAGAAAUUUGAUACAUUUUUAAAAUGUCAUCAAAAAGCUAAAAUGUAUCUGUUUGGUUGUAUUAUAGAUAUUUUGAUUCAUACAUUUAUUUGUUAUAUAUCCAUAUGUCGAGAGUAUUCUGAGAUGUCUAUUUCAUAAAAAUGCUUACUGUACUCCUUAGCUGCUAUGUUUAUCUUUGACUUUGAAUAACAUAAUUUGCUAUCAGUUCAAGUUUCAAAACAUGUUUUCACAUUAUGUUUUCACAGUAUGUUUCACCUGUGCCGAAGUAAGCCUUUCUAAUCUCAUUUUGUCCAUCUGUUCAUCCUUAUUUUUGUACAUUUUAAAAAAAAAUUGUACUUUUCCUCCAAAUCUAAAUAACUAAUUUUAACCAAACUUGGCACCCUUGAUUGAAGAGCUUUCAAGUUUGAAGGAACAGAUCCUCUACUAUGAGAAGAUAAUAAGGAAAGGGGGUGAAGUUUUCUAAAAAACUCUUCAUUAGGACUUAUAACUUUUUAUAUCAAAACUUGAACAUAAAUGUAGUAGAUUCAAAAUUGUUAAAAAUGUAGGGGGGGGUCAGGAACAGAUAAAAAAGGAAGUUAGAAUAUAACAAGAAAUAACAAAGAAAUAAAUGGAACAUAUUCUUAGAAUAUUUUUUUGCUUAUGAAGAACAUUAAGACUUUAUCUUGUUCAAUUACCAAUUUAAAUUUUUCUGAAGAACACUGGGAUAAGAUGUGUUUAAUCGAUAUUGAAGCAAUGAAAUAUAUAACAUUUUCCUUGAACAAUAGCAAACUCUCUUCUCCUCUCCUGAUUUUUUUCAGAUAUUCAUAUGUUGUAAAGCUAUUUUAUUACUGUAUAAAAAAAUUUGUUGAUCUGUGAGCGUCUUGGUCUUGUGGCCUCUUGCUUUUUGAGAGGUUAGGGGGCUUAGAUGAAUAAAUUGUAGGCGUGUUUUCUGUGUAUUUGUGUAAAUGUUGAUCACAUUACAGGGGAACAUCAAAAUUAUGAUGCAUCAGUGAUCAAGUAAAGAUCAACCUAUUUGUGUGAAUUUAGAUUUAUUUUUGUUUUUUAUGUUGUUAUAUUUUUAAUACUUAAUUUUGACAUCUUCAGAUUUUUAGUUGAAACAUUUGUUAACUAUAAACUGAUAAAAGUAUUUUACUACUGAAAAUACAAUAUAGUACUGCUUCUUAUGAAGAUCAUGUAGAGGUUUUGAGAAAAAAAGUUGUAACUUUGCAAGGCAGUGUAUAAAGAUUAUACUGUAUCUACAGACUUUAUUUUUAUUCAAAAUGCUUUGUACAGUAAAAACAUGUUUACAGCAAAAUGCUGGGGAUUAUCAAUUUUGAUUUGUUAUAAACCUAACAUAACUUAAUGAUAAGGGAAUAUACAAUAUGCUUUGCUAUAAGCAUAAACUCAUUAUAAAUGUUUUGGCUAUAACUGUGUUUUACUGUACAUUAAAUGUGUGACAUUCAAGUUUUGAAAAGGUUGUCUGAGAGCAAACUGAUAAAAUAUGUCUGGUUUUUGCUGGCCAAUGUAACCGCCACCAUCUCUUCAUUCCUACAGAUCUAUCGUUUACCUUGUACAUAUAUUGUAGAGGAAGAUGUAUGUGUACACUGUAUAUAUUUUGUAAACUCAGUAGAAUUAAAAAUGAAAGCUAA